AUGACUUCGCGACAUAGUGGAGGUACGCACCUACUUCGUCAGUCGAGAAGGGCGGUCUCGCGUUUUGUACCUGUGUCGCAUCGAUGGCGUGAAUUGACGCCAAGUCGAGAGGACGCCGAGCCGCACGUUCGGGUAGCCUCGCCCAGGCUCCACCAUAUGGACGACGCGGACGUCUAGCGCCUCGAGAGCGCUUCGCGCAUCCCGCUUCAACCGUCCAGCGCCGUGGUACGCGAAUAGAGCGUGGCGAACGUCUUCGGGCGUUAGCGUCGCAUUGCCCGGUCCCGACGCCCUCAAGUCCCCCAGGCCAGUACGACAAGAACGGCACCUUAAUUCUUGGCGAGCGCCCGGCGGACCUGCAGCGGACCCCUUUGCACAAGCAGUUGCGGCGGGCCCUGAACCGCGACCACUUUACAUGUUUAAAGACGCUGGGCUACUGGCAGCACUACGCGCUGUAUCGGGGCCUCGGGUCUCCGUUGCGAUCCCAUUUCCGGCUCCGUGAUUUAGAACUUUCCGAGAGUCCAAGAAAGACGGACGUGAUUAUUCACGUGCGUUUAUGUAAGACGCAGAACCACUACAAGCUCUACACGUACGAGAAUUAUUUUAGACACGUCUUCGCGCGGUUGGACAACUGGCGGGGACGGGUCAAGGUCUGCGCCGCGUGCGACGCCGCGCGGCCGGGCGUCGUCCGGGAUCUGGUCAAGCACCUCAACGCGACGGUCGUCUCCCGUGCGGAAUCUCAAGACGCGACGUCUGCUCGAUGGCGUGACCAUCUCAGUGUUGAAUUCCACUCAGGUCGUCUCGCCAAGGAUUCGCGGCGACGGCCGGGGCCGAUCCGUUGAGGCGGACUUUGCGUACCUCGCGCGGGCGACGCGGCUCGUCGUCACUGAGUCCACGUACAGCUGGUGGGCAGCCUACGUCGGGCAGGCGACCGAGGUCCACGCGCCGGGCGUCGGGACCGUGCCCGUGCCCGCGGACGAGCGUCGUUACGUCUUCCACGACAUCGCCUCCCGAAGGUACUGGGGCCGCUGGGAUCCGGCCGCGCGGGAGAUUCGGUAUCCCGACGCCCGGCGACGCGGAGACGACGACGACGACGCGAUCCCGAUGGGCUUCGGCGUCGGCCACCCGUCCUUCAAGGCCGCGUUCCCGGCGGCGCCAAGCUGGGAUAAGUAGGCAAUCACACAAAUCCUUACACUAGCAAUAU